UUACAAUAUACAAGGAUGGAUUUUGAAGAAUUAUGUGCUGCUGCAUUAAGUGUGCAUCAACUCGAAGCUCUUGAUCAUUGGAAACAACAUGCGAGCUGUGCAUAUGAACUUUUUCAGAAAGAUGGAAACAGGGCUAUUGUCAUUGAAGAACUUGCUUCAGAACUUGGGCUUGGUCCAUCUAUCCCUGUUCAUGUUGUUCUUCAUGACUGGAUACGCCACACCGAUGGGAAGUUAAGCUUGCUCGGCUUAGUCAAAUUAUUUUAG